GGAAACAUUUCCCAGUGGGGUUGUUCAAGAAGGCACCAGGAUGGCGACGCCAGUUCCCCGAGGCUGCGGCAGCAUCCAUUCUGACUACUACCUGCUCUGUGACAUGGAGCAGGCCUGGGGGAUUGUCCUGGAGUCACUGGCUACAGUUGGAGUCCUCGUCACCAUUUUCCUCAUCUGCUCCCUCUUCUUCCUCAUCUGUAAAGUCCAAGACAACAACAAGAGGCACAUGAUCUCCAUUUACUUCUUCUUCCUCUUAGGAACACUCGGCAUUUUUGGUCUCACUUUUGCCUUCAUCAUUAAAAGCAAUGAAAAUACUCGCCCCACUCGCUUCUUCCUAUUUGGAGUCCUCUUUGCACUCUGCUUCUCCAGCCUUCUCACCCAUGCCUUCAACCUCAUCAGACUAGUGAGAGGAAAAAAGCCCUUCUCCUGGCUGGUGUUGCUGCUACUCAUUGUUUCCUUUGCCCUCGUGCAAAUUGUGAUCAACAUUGAGUACCUAGUCACCAUGCUAGUAAAUUACAGAGAUGAUUUUCUGCUUAUGCUUUCAGAGCAGGCCAACAAGGACUUUGCCAUGCUUCUGAUCUACGUGCUCUUCCUGAUGGCUUUGACCUUCCUGAUGUCCAUGUUCACAUUCUGUGGGCCAUACAAGAGCUGGAAGAGACACGGGGCACACAUCUUUGUCACUGUCCUGUUCUCCAUUGCCAUUUGGGUUGUGUGGAUCACUAUGCUCACAAAAGGCAAUCAACUUUUAAAUAAACCUGCCUGGGAUGAUCCUGUUGUGGCCAUUGCUCUGGUGUCCAAUGGAUGGAUCUUCUUGAUAAUGUAUAUUGUCCCUGAAAUCUGCUUCCUCACUGCCCCUCUGAAGCUGGAGGACUACCCUCCAGACAAUGACUUCUGCCAGCCCACAUUCAUAAAGCAGACUACUGGAGUGGACAACCGUGCCUACACCCAAGAUGAAAUUGUGCGAGGAGACAGGGAAGACCCCAGCUACUCCCCGUACUCUUCUCAUUUUCAGCUGAAGACCAUCGACACCCGGAAUGAUUUCUCCAUCCCUCGGCCCAAGGCACAGACAAGCCCGUACCAUGACUACACUGGUGGGAAAGGCCCCAUGUAACAGCUCUGCAGGUAGCAAAGAGACUGAGCACCCAUCAGCAGAGGCCUGGGGAAUGGGCCACACGGUGACAAGUGCACUGAUCCUGCAGAAGAGACAGUCUCAGACCCCCACUGGCAAUGCUGAUGAUAAGGAGAGGGGCCCUCUUUU